AUUUGCAUGAUUUGGCAAGCCAAGUUCUGGCUUUCGCUCAGGCCCUGGCCCUGGGCCCGGGGCCUUUCAAGUUUCAGUUCCACUGUUCCAGAAUCAAAUGCUUUCAAAUGCUGAAGUUGGAAGCAGUGCACAGGUAUAACCCGUCUGAGCAGCUUGGCAGCUUGCUGAUGCAGCAGGAUGGCGCACUCAGCAAUGCAUACCUUGUCCGGAGCAGGGCAGCUGGUGACCACUACUCAUCGCUGGGGGGCAUUGCAAAGUGGCUUCACUGGCAGUGAGAGGCUUGGAGGUACACCAUUCCUCUGCCGGACACAGAGACGAAGCUUGUCACGGGCCAGGCAUUGGUUUCCUUGUCGGGCGUCUGCUUCGGAAGUGGAGCAUGGUGCCCUCCCGGUGGGGCGGCGACUAGUGUCGACCGGAGCGCUUUUUGCAGCCCUGGCAGGUGCAUCUAUUGGGGCCCAGCCCGCAUCAGCAGCAUCUAGAGCCAGGGCCGCGAGAAACGUCAAAGUGCCCGAGGACCAGUAUACAACUCUCCCAAAUGGCUUGAAAAUUUUUGAUGUAACGGUCGGUUCUGGAGCAACCGCAACGAAGGGAGAACGGGUGGCAGUGCACUACGAUGUCAAGUGGAAGGGGGUCACCUUUUCAACGAGCCGCAUGGGGCAGGGAGUAACAGGUGGCACGCCUUAUGGGUUUGACGUAGGGGCUUCUGAAACCGGACUGGUGUUGAAAGGUCUAGACUACGGGGUUGAAGGUAUGCGAGUUGGAGGUCAGAGGAAGCUCCUCAUCCCCCCAGAGUUGGCAUAUGGCAAGAGAGGAGUCCAAGAGAUUCCACCUGAUGCAACCUUGGAGGUUGACGUUGAGUUGCUGAGCAUCAAGAAGAACGCCUUUGGGACGCAAGUGAAACUUGUGGAAGGGUAGGCGAAACAGUUCUUAUGCGGGACUGAGUCAUUGUGCAAGGGUUGCCAUAAAAGGUUCCUGCUGCUCCAGAUGUACAUCCAACCCAAACAAAACCUUGAGAUGUUGCCUUUGAAAGCGUCGUUGUUUUGGUGUUCCAAAAAAUCUACAGUUUGAAACCAUUCCGAAUCUUGUUACUCCUCUUUAUAUCACCCUAUCAAGCUUGAAGGGGAGCUUGAUGAGUCGUGG